AGUUCUUUUUUGAGGGAGGAAAAAAUACGUUGUGAGGCUUGACUGAGUUUAGCAAUCCAGUAGGUAUGGCUACCAGGAAGCCAUGACUUUUGCAGGGGCCGUAGUUUAGCAUCCACGAGGAAUCUUGCAUUAAUCACAUGAACUGCUUGGUUACUCAGUGAGUAUUAAACCAAACACGGUACGUUUCAAAGAUAUUUAUUAGGAAGGCAUGGAGCAGAGUUAAAUCAUCUACAGCCUUUUUUAACAGAUUUGGUUUCUGAUAAGUAGCAUUGGGGUAACUGUGAGCUCCAAGAAUGUCUCAAGUUCGUCCUCACUCUUCCAUCUCAUCUCCCCAUGUUUGUAUUGAUCAAUUUUUUUGUUCAAGCUCGUCUACCCACUUCACAGUUUGGAAGAAAUCCCUCUUAUUUAAUGGUAAAGGAUUUACCGUUUUCGAUUCAAUGGGACAUCUGGUUUUCAGAGUGGAUAACUAUGCAUCCAAUGUGAAAAGCGAAGUAGUUCUCAUGGAUAAUGAAGGCCAAAUUCUCCUUACAUUGCGGCGCAAGAGAUGGAGUUUGAGGAGGAGAUGGGAAGCAUUCAGAGGAGAUCCGGUUGAAUCUGAGAGGCCCACAUUUGGCCUUACAAAGUCCUUGGGCUUUCCAGAUAAAAUCAUUGCCAACGUAUUUGUAGAUGGAAGUAGAGAAAUUAAGCAGUGCUAUUACCGGAUGGAAGGGUCGUUGUGCAAGUUAUCAUGCACAAUAUUCAGUGCCUCCGGAGAUAUCAUUGCACAGAUGAAACGAAAGGAAGCCAAAUCGGAUAUAAUGCUGGGGAAUGAUGUUUUGAGCCUGGUUAUCGAAGCGGGAGUAGAUCAUGCAUUUGUAAUGGGGUUACUUAUCAUGUUUGAUCAGAUAAGCUAAGAGAAGAUUUACUCAACAUUGAACGCGCAAACAGACUAGAAUAGGUUGACCACUCUGCGGUAACUUGUUUUCUAACUUCAGAAAGGAAACGCAAUGUCAGAAUGAAUCUGGAGAGUGAUGAUAAUGUCAAUGCAAUGAGGAACUUCUGCAAUCGCUCAGCUUUACAAUGUAGAAUACAGCGAGGACCUGUCAAUGGUACAAGUUUUAACAGUGAUGAUCACGUUUUUGAAACAGAUUUAAAGUCAAGCUGAGGCUCUAAUUGACUGACUGUACUAAUUGAUCAAAAGGUACAUCGGGCAUGUGGAGUAAUACUGCAUCAAGGUGGUACCCAGUUGACAGCUUUCCACCAUCGUGUGCCAUUCCCCUGGUGGGAAUAGUGUGUACUAUCCAAGGAUAGUGUGAAGAGAGCUGAGUGUGCAU